AUGCUGACGUACCCAAACACCACCACAAUCACGGUGGUCAAUGCUUCGAUGGUGACCAAUGCCGGUCUCUCGCCCAUUUCUCUCGCUGCACUCCCAGACUCGACGGUGACGCUUUCGUUGUUGACCGAGGCGACUGGCGCGCGGGCCCGAGCCUCCGCCGUGGUGGACCAGCGGCUCGCACGUCGGCUGGGGAGCCCCAUCGCGGUGGCCCCAGAUGGCUGGACGCCGCUUACCCCCGGCACGCCGGCGCUUGUUGACAUCUCCAUCGACUGCGCCGACACCACGCCCGCGGCGUUUGACCCAAGCUCACCCAAAGAGGUGGCAACGGUGUUUGUGGCGGUGGCGGACAGCACCGGCGCCGCCGAUACCAUCGUCAUCACCUUUGAGGUUUUGUGCAAGGUGCCGGCGGCCUCGUGCGCCGCACUUAACGACUGCUCUGGGCAUGGGGUAUGCGAGAUGCUUCCGCUCGCACCGUACCACGGCUGCACGUGCGAUGCAGGAUAUGUCGGCGACGAUUGCUCUGGUCGAUUCGGGCUCGGGCUCGUCAACUUUCCGCCCGAGUCGCCGGUCUCUUGCCCAGGCGUCAUUACCCUCGACCUUGGUCUGCCGGAUGAUCUCGACCCGGCCGACACUGGCGUUGCCAUCGUUGUGGAUCUCUUCACGUUUGCUUUUACCGACAUCAAGUUUCUCAACAACGAGCGAAACUCCAUCCCGUCCAAGCCGCUUGACUCGGGUGCGCUAACCUUUGAGAUUGUCCAUCCAGGCACCUUUUACAUUGUGUACGCUUCGGGCUCGUCGCUUGUUGGCUACUCGCUGGUGACUGUCGUCGAGUGGGCGCCGCCGUGUGGGCCUGUGGCCUGCUCGCCGGCCGACCCGAUUGCUUCGUGCUCUGGCCGUGGCUCGUGCACCGGCUCGUCGAUGCUCGGAGGCCCGGCGUGCGAGUGCUCAGACUCGUUCUACGGCGCGGCGUGUGAACACGGGUGUGCGGAGCGGGCUGUCCGUACCGGCUUUGGUGGCCGACUCACCGACGGUACGCCGCGGCACCUCCCGCUUGCGCCCUCGGCCAAUUGCACCUGGGUCUUCCAUCCGAAUACUCCCGGCGACGGCAUCCGCCUCGUCAUCAAUUGGAUGGACAUCGAUCCGGAUGUACCACUCAUUGUCACCUCGCACGCGCCUGGUCAAACCUCGCGCAGUUUCUCGGGCCGGACACUCCCGCCGUCUCUGGAUCUUCCUUAUGCGCCUGUCGAGCUCUUUAUCGAGGAGCCGAGCAACAAGGUCUCGUUCGGCUUUGACCUCGAACUCUUUACGCUCGGCUGUCCGGCCGGCUCAUUCAUCGACACGGUCGCGCUGGACUACGAGCCCGACUCGUGGGUGACGCCGCGGUGCACGCCGUGUCCACCUGGCUCGUUCUCGUCAACCCGGGAUUCAACCUCAUGUCAGCUCUGUCCAGUUGGGUUCUUUGCGCCGCUCGCGGGAUCGAUCUCGUGCUCCGCGUGCCUGGCGGGUACCGCCACCUCCGUCGAAGGCGCCACCGCGUGCGACGUCUGCCCGGCUGGCCAUUUUUCCGGCCGUGAUGGCCUCUCGUCAUGUGCUGUUUGUCCGCCGGGAUACUUUGCAGCCCAAAACGCUUCGUCUGCGUGCGCCCGGUGCGACGUCACUGGCUACGCACCUCUCUCGGGCUCGAAAGCAUGCGAGACGUGCCCGGCGCUGACCCGGACUCCGUACCUUGGUGCUACCCAGGUCACUGAGUGCUUGUGUGCGCCAGGAUCGUAUCAUCCGCAGGUCUACGCUGCCCAUCAGCACAACGUGAGUGUGACUCACGGCAUUGCGUGCGUGCCGUGCCCGAACGGCGCCGUGUGCACCGGCGGCAUGGUUGUGCCCCAUGCCAAGCCGGGCUACUGGGCUUCACCCAAGGAUCCGCUUGUCUUCCUCAAGUGCAUCGAAUCCGAGGCCUGUCCUGGAGGCGAGCCGGGCGUGUGUGGCGGCGGGCGGGUCGGAACUCUCUGUUCACUCUGUCCGAUAGGCUACUUUGCCUCUCUCCACGGCACAUGCAAGCAGUGCUCGGCGGCGAACAAGGCCGCGCUCAGCAUCGGCAUUGUCUUUGGCUGUAUUGCGCUUCUCAUCCUCCGCUACAUUGCAAACAUGAAUGUCAACGACAACCUGCGGUCGACACUUGGCCUCGGCACCUCGUUUGGCAUCUGGAUCCAGUACCUUCAGUUUGCCGACCUCUUUGCGUCAUUCUCCGUCAACUGGCCGUCGACCACUCAGGCGGUGCUUGAUCAGAUGGCGUAUGCCAACCUCGACUGGGACGCGUUCACGCCGUCGUGUGCGGUUUUGGUCCCGUACGAGAUCUCGUACGCACUGCGUGUUGCGGUCCCGAUCUUUGUGGCUGGCUUUUACGCCGCCUAUCACCUUCUUCAUGCGACGCUUCAUCCUAUCAUGGUCUCUCUCUUGAAGCCAGCUGUCAUUCAGUCGCACCGUCACUGA